GGGCGCGCGGGAACCGCACGCGAACUUAUUUUGGACGUUGCGUGUGAAUUUGGAACUUUCAGUUUCAUCGUUAACCUAAACUUUGAAUUUUUUUGUAUGUGCCUGUGAUUUUAUUCGAUAAGAUGGCGAUAACCUGCGACUGUCCCAUGGCGCAGCCGGGGCCGACGCUGGCCGCCACGUGUGGAGGCGGUGCCUUCAUGCUUUUCAUGGGCCUGCUGGAGGUGUUCCUAAGAAGCCAAUGCGACUUGGAAGAUCCUUGUGGAAGAGCACAGUUCCGUCGUCACAUGGACUCAGUGUACGACUUUAUAGUCGUCGGAGGCGGGUCAGCUGGUUCCGUCGUAGCAGCGCGAUUGUCUGAAGUGCCAGAGUGGAGAGUGCUCCUACUGGAAGCUGGUUUCGACGAGCCUACAGGCGCCCAAGUGCCUUCCAUGUUCCUGAACUUCAUAGGGUCGAGUAUAGACUGGGGAUACAAAACUGAGCCGGAACCGGCGGCUUGCCUUGGUGAAAAAGAUAAAAAAUGCUACUGGCCUAGAGGAAAGGUACUGGGUGGUACCUCAGUAAUGAAUGGCAUGAUGUACAUGCGAGGAUCCCGCAAGGACUAUGACGGUUGGGCUGCAGCGGGCAACGAAGGAUGGGCGUACGAAGACGUGCUACCAUACUUCCUCAAGUCUGAAGAUAACAAGCAGGUCGAGGAGAUGGACAGGGGCUACCACGCCACUGGUGGACCUUUGACAGUAUCGCAGUUCCCGUAUCAUCCUCCUUUGAGUUACAGUCUUAUUAAAGCUGGGGAGGAAUUAGGAUAUAAAGUCGUGGACUUAAACGGCGAGCAUCACACCGGCUUCUCCAUAGCUCAGACGACCAAUCGUAACGGAUCCCGUCUAAGCGUCGCCCGAGCAUUCCUCCGCCCAGCCAAGAACCGCCCCAACUUGCACGUGAUGCUGAACGCCACAGUCACUAAGGUGCUGAUCAACCAGACCACCAGGCAAGCUUACGCGGUAGAAGUGAGGAACAGUUUUGGCGGCACCGAAGUUAUAUUUGCCAACAAUGAAAUUAUCGUAAGUGCCGGUGCAGUAGCGUCUCCUCAAAUUCUUCAACUGAGCGGUAUAGGCGACCCUGAAGUCUUGUCCCGCGCGGGGGUUAAAGUGGUCCACAAACUGCCAGCUGUGGGCCGCAACUUGCACAACCAUGUGGCCCACUUUCUCAACUUCCACGUUAACGAUAACAAUACGGCACCUCUUAACUGGGCCACUGCCAUGGAGUAUUUGCUGUUCAGAGAUGGACUUAUGUCGGGAACUGGUAUAUCUGAAGUAACAGCACUCAUCAACACCAAGUAUUCAGACCCAGCAGAAGACAACCCUGAUAUUCAGAUGUUUUUCGGCGGCUUCCUGGCAGACUGUGCAAAGACGGGCAUGGUGGGAGAGAAACUAGGAGACGGGUCUCGCAGUGUGCAGAUGUUCCCCGCUGUUUUGCAUCCCAAGAGCAGAGGCAGACUUGAGAUAGGCAGCGCCGAUCCAUUUGCCUAUCCCAAAAUCUAUGCCAAUUACCUAACUCACCCGGACGACGUCAAAACACUAGUCGAGGGUAUCAAAUUCGCGAUAAAACUGUCAGAAACGAAAGCUCUCAAGAAAUAUGGAAUGAAACUGGACAAAACACCAGUAAAAGGAUGCGAAAAGAUCAAGUUUGGAUGUGACGCGUACUGGGAGUGCGCGGUGCGGAUGCAGACCGCGCCUGAGAACCAUCAGGCUGGCUCCUGCAAAAUGGGGCCAAGGGGCGAUCCUACCGCUGUAGUGGAUAAUCUGCUACAGGUGCAAGGCAUCGACAGACUACGCGUGGCAGACGCCAGUAUUAUGCCGGCGGUAACUUCGGGUAACACCAACGCCCCUACUAUAAUGAUCGGGGAGCGCGCCGCUGAUUUCAUCAAAAGACGAUGGCUAGGAGCAACCAAUGCACCCUACCCAGUGAGUAGCGACGGUGGAGUCUCAAAUUUGUUAUCAGUAAGCGAAAGCCGGUAUCCAGGAUGGCAACUCUGGGGCUAAUUGAACCCACAUACCCACCUAUAUAACUAACUGCAGGAUCGAUCAUUUGACUAUUCAUAAAAUUAUGCUGGUAGUAAAAUAGCGCUAUAUCCAAUAUAGGUAGAUAUCGA